AUGUACACCCACAUGGAAUACCUCCAGAAAUGCUUCUGCAAAGCGACUUCUUGGAAUGAGGACAAUAUUUAUGCUAACGUUACUGCCACUUCACGCGCCCUUCUCGACUUUCCCAUCCCCUCUGGUGGAAAGCUCGAUGUAACAUCGCAAGCCACUGAACAUCUGGCUUCGUCCAUGACUCUCCUGAACCACAAUUCCAUCCACGGCUCGCUAGCGUAUUUAUACUCAUCGGCACCUUUGAAGAAUACCACCGGAACCAAGGAUAUCUCACUCCAGGACGCAAUCGCAGGCUUUCGUGUCAUCGAGCCCCACAUGCUAGCCUCCCCUUCCAAAACCAACUCCAAGGACUCGGCAACAAGACCAUCGCUCUUAUAUGGACGCCUUUACUUCCCAGGAUCGUCACUUGAGGCUAUGAUCAUCCGCAAACUUACGGAUCUGACGCAAUUGCUCAUCAAAUGCAUCAAUAAUCCUCAACUCCAUAAGAACGGCACUAUGAUCGUAUAUCUCCAGGAGAAUGUGCCUCGGUACUCUCGAGAGUUUAUUUACUCCACUACAGAGGCAUUGUUUGGAUUUCGGUGUCUCUACAAUUUUGGAAAUCCAGCUAAAGCAUCUACUCCACUCAUUCCCAAAUUUGAUAACUCCGUGGUGUCUGUUGGAGCAGAGUUUUGGUAUGCGGCCAUGUCUAUGAGUCCAGGGCUCUCUGCUGCAUUUCGCUACUCCACACGGUCGACAUCAACUGGAAAACCACUCACAAUGACACUUUCUUGUAACCCUAUAUUGGGACACAUUUCUUCUACAUACAACGUGAAAACGUCAGUAUCGUCCACGGUGUGUUCUAAGUACGACUUCAAUUGGUUUUCUUAUGCAAGCAACCUUUCUAUUGGCUUUGAAUUGUUCAACUUCUCCAAGCCUUCACAUCUUUUCCAUCACGACAAGCAUAGCCAUAAAGACAAGCACAGACAUGGAAUUGUUGGCCGCAUGUUGACGAGACAUGGAAUGGAGCAUGAAAACAUGGAAAAUGAAACUCUGGAUAACAUCAUUCAUGGCCACGGAUCUCUGCGCAAUCGCCAGGCCUCGGAUACAAAUAUUUACAGAGACCCAAUCAUGCCCCACAACUCCAGCAUCCACUAUGACACGUUGGCACCACCUCCUGCUGCGGAUCCAGCGCUACUCUCAACACACACCAUAAAUAACGAGCUCGCAUACACACUGCCCAGUGUUCCUCGCAAACGGAUGCUCAAUCCUAUCCAAAAUGUGGAUGAGUUCAACCACAUGCACCCAUCUCAACCGUUGGAUGAUGCUCAAACACAUACGGCGAUGAAGGAGUUCGAGACACUUGUCAACGAGAGCAACUUUUCUUCUGUCAUCAAAGGAUCAACGAGCCUUAGCGAUCGCAUGGUGAAGUUGCUUUGGGUUGGUCGGUACAAGGACUAUUUGGUGAGUACUGGAGUGAGCGUUGGGCUUAACGAGACUACGGCUACACCCGAGGUGAAAAAGUUUGGAGUGACAUUUUCAUAUGCAUUUUAA